AUUCUCCUUUCAUCUCCGUUCUGGUUCAAGCAUAUGAUUUUCGAGUCAAUCAUCUCCACUAUCCUUCAUCUCCAUUAAGAUAUCUUCAAUCACCCUAAUACCAAAUCCUCUUUUAAUUCAAUUCAUUCUUCCAUCACUAUUAGGUGGAACUAAGUUUUUUUUUUUUCAAAACCCUAACACCGCUCUCCUUUGUCGCCCUCUAUAAUCGAUCACCAUCAAAAACGCAGAUUUGCUUUCUUAUUCAUUUGAUGGCUCAAAAGAAGGAAUCAUGUGUCCUUUGUACCCCUUUUCAUCGUUUCCACAGUAUAAAGACAUUUCUUUUUUUGUAUCUUUUUUUUUUUGCAGAUUUUGUUAUCUGGAUUCUUCGGUCUCAAGGUGGUGUUUGAGAUUGAAUCUUAAUCGAAAAGGGUUUUUAUUCUCAGGUGGUGUUUGAGAUUGAAAACUUUUUUGGUUGCGUGAUCGUUUAAUCCUUGAAGAACGAUAUAUCAUGGCUGUGUAUACUUGUAAAAAGUGUAAGACUGAUGCAUUUACUGUAUGGAAUGCUUGGGGACUGGCUUUAAUUCCGAUGGAACACUGUGCUCAAGUGCGUGUCAAGCUCAAUUGAUAGAUGUGAAAGGAAGAGAAGAAAUACUGAUAAUUCAUAGCAAAAACAAGAAGCUCGACAAGAACGUGUCACUAAAUGUGAUCACGAUGCGAACUUCUAGGUUAAACUGUAUGAGCUGGCAAAUCUAAUGAACGAUACAACCAUCUUGAUGGCAGAAGAGGCAAGGAUGACAGAUGGAAAGAACAAGAUGUUAGUAGCCUAUCAUGAAACCGGUCAUGCAGUCUGCACGUUAUCGUUAUGGUCAGGGGUGGAUCCAAAGUCUAUAUUGUGCGAGUUUUUCAAGGCUGGUCAAUGUGCGAAAGGUUUCAAAUGCAAGUUUUCUCAUGACUUGAAUGUACAAACAAAUGGUGAAAAGUUUGACAUUUUCAGUGAUAAGCGUGAUGAAGGAACAAUGGAGGAUUGGGAUUUGGAGACGUUGGAAAAAGUUGUGGAAUCAAAAGGAAAAGAGUACAACCAGAAUAAACCAACCGACAUCGUUUGUAAACACUUCCUCGAUGCAGUGGAGAAAAAGCAAUAUGGUUGGUUCUGGGUAUGUCCAAACGGUAAUAAAGAGUGCCAUUACAGACACGAUCUCCCUCCCGGAUACAUCUUGAAAUCUCAAAUGAAAGCUCUUUUAGAAGAAGAGGCUAACAAGCUAGCUAUCAAGGAUGAGUUUGAGGAUCAGGUUAAAGCAGUUUGUGGUCGUCUUCGUUCGAAUUCAGGUAGCUAUAUGCUUGCUGAAGAGAAAACUCUUUAUCAUUUACUGAAAAACUAUGAGCAAAUCGGAAGCUACUAAUAUUGAAUAAAAUUGCUACAAUAAAAGACGGCGAUACAAUAGAAUUUGAGGUACCUGGAGAUGCUGAACUGAAAGCUUUUUUUGGGGGGGGGGGUUGGAUGUGGGGAAGUUUAUGGAGCAUGCAAUGAAGACCCCAUUGACUCAUCACGCGGCGUCGCCAAGCGGUUUAGGGGUCCAGGGUUGUGUUUGAAGAAAAUAUAUCUAAAGAAUCUAAAGAAGGCUUACAAAAUAAAUCUAUCAGAACUGAUGGUCCAUGGAUUAAUAUCUAUGCUCAUGAUGUUUUGUGAGAACUACAGCAGUGCCAUUUGUGCCUACUAAGGUUCUUACAACAGAUCCAUUGCCUUGCAAGAAACAACAUGGUGGCAUUUGAUGUGUGGUCCGGGAAAAGUAGGAUGACACUUCACCGACAUUGCGGUCCUUCAACUUCACCGACUUCGCGUCAAGCAUCUCACCGGAUUCGGUCUCUCCGGCGCCGUCGACUGAUGAACGGAAUCAUCUCUGAUAUGUUGCUCAUCUAAUAUUUUGUGUGGUUAAUCAUAUUUUUUUUAUUUGUUCCAUUCUGUCUAGAUUUAUAGUAUUAUACUCAUCAGAGGAUGUACUCAGAAGUGUCGUGGUUGACUUUUGGUGUGCUAUUCUAUUGCCGAAGAAUGAGGUUUAUGUGAUAGUUAUGUGUCAGUCGGGAACAACUACACAGGCCUACAAGUCCAAUUCGAGAGCAGCGUUCUUCUAAUGUCACAACUAAUAACCUUUGCAAAGCAUGCUGACAUUUGACUUUGACCUGAAUUGGCUUUGACUUACAAACGGUGGAGUAACCGUAAAAGCCUAACAAUGCGUCGAGAAAGGGUAUGAAAAUGGUGUAUAGUGAAUGUAAAUAUAAUAUGAGUAGAUGAUGGGUAAUGAAUGAAUGUUGGUGAUUUAUGUAGACUGGUUUGGUGGGAAAGUGAAUGGUAUGAUGUUUGCUUGCUC